AUUUAAUCUGGAACAAAAUGACGCAAUCUCAAGGAAUAUGCAGUAUUUUGAUCAAAACAAUUUCAAAACCCACAAAGGUUCUAAAGCGCUCCCUUCCAGUAACAAAUUUAAAAGAAAUAAUGGACAAAAACCUCGAAGACUAAAUCCAAAUGGAUUUUACGGAAACCCUUAUCAAAACAAUAAUAUUCAGAACUACAACACAGGACACUUUUAUGAACGACCAUCAUUUGCCACAGAAGCCCUAUCACGAGUGACCGAAGCCCUAACAUCGAUAGCCCUGUACGACGACUUCCAAUGUGUGCCGCGGUUGUUAUGUGAAGCGGCUGGAGGCGGCUUAGGCAGUUCCAAUGUUUUGCAAACUGUGACUGGAUUACAGCCACUUAUGACAUUACUCUCAGCCUACAGUGGUAUUAGUUCAAACCCUCUGUUCGUUUUCGGUAGAGCGGUCCUCUUAGGAAUGUCCUCAAAGGAAAAUCCUGCGUCCUGCCGGUAUGGGUAUCCUCUUUGCCCCACGGAUCCUGAACAACUGGUCCAUUAUCUGAACAACCAUAAUGGGGGUUUUUUUCGAUUCUUCAAUGCACCCCAAAAGGGACAAAACAUUCAACAAUUCUACAAUCAUUUGCAAGGGAAUGCUCAAAAUGGUAAUUAUGGGCCAUAUCAACCAAAUCAUCCAGAAACUGGAUUUAAUCCACAUCAGCAGAAUAUUGGUCCCCAAAAUCAAGGCUAUGGUUUUCAAAGACCAUACGAACAGUACCAACAAAACUAUGGAUUAGCGUUCCCUUACGGAGAGAAUUUCAGAAUACAGAAACGUAUUCAGAAUAAUCCAAACGCUAAUAAUGCUUAUAAUACUGAUAUCUACUCCAAAUGGAUAUUUCCAGACAAUAUUGAUGAUAUUGAUAACGAAAAUGUAGAAAAUGAUAAUAGAAGAGGAAAGGAAUUAAAGUUUCCUGAAAAUUCAAAUUAUGUUUCGACGGAAAAUCAUGAAACAAGCUUCACGUUCCCAAAUACUAACAGAGGUGUUGAGUAUAUUAAUUAUAAUAAUGAUGAAUUGUAUAGAAAGUAUAUUGAUUAUAAAGUUAACUAUGAGAAUAAUGAUAAAUAUAAUGAUUUUGUAACUGUGUACGUUGUCAGGGGUAAUGGAGAUCCGAACAAACCAGAAAUUGUUAAAUUGAGACCAGGACAAUCUUUAUAGCUUUAACCA